GUUACAAGUGAUACCUGAUUUUUUCUUUACAUCCAAUAAUGAAGUCUAACAUUCAUUUUAUUUCUCUUCAGAAAUACAGAUUCAUUCUAACUGUGGAAUUCAGAAACUAUCUACAAAGUUGUACGUGUUUGUCUAAGCAGUUCGAGCUACAGUCAAGGUGUUUGUACAACUGAGAUAUUAUUAGUGGGCACAGAACCUAAGCUAGUGAUGGCAUCACUUGAUAAAGAUUAUCCAUGGUCCCAAGGAGACAUUCUGAAGUUACUGGAAUGCAUCAAGAAAAAUAUCCCCUCAGAUGACUCCAGAUCAUUCAAAAAAACCCAGGAAGACCUAGACUGGGGCAAAGUGGCUUUUAAACAUUUUUCAGGAAAAAUGUGCAAACAAAAGUGGAAGCAACUUUCUCAUACUUUGAGGAAGGUCCGCACACUGUCAGAAUUAGUGCUAGAAGCCAGUGAACAUCUGAAACAACAGCCCAAAAGGAAGAAACAUCCUGACUUCCCCAAAAGACCCCUGACUGCCUAUCUGCGCUUCUACAAGGAGCAGCGGGCUAAGUACUCUCAGCGCUAUCCUAAAUACAACAACUCGCAGCUGGCCAAACUCCUGGCUGAGAAAUACAAUCAGCUGCCAGGGGAGAUCAAGGAGAAAUAUAUUCAGGACUUCCGGAAGGAGAAACGGGACUUUGAGGAAAAAGUGACUAAAUUCAAGAGAAGCCAUCCUGAUGUAGAGCACUGUAAGAAAUCUGUGGUGCGCAGGAGCCAGGAAACCAAAGUCCCUAAGAAAUCACAAAGAGGUAUGGAAAACGUGAAGUCUCCUCCAAAGACAGAUCUUCCCAAAACAUUACCCUCGGUGAUGAAAUUUCAGGGAGAACCCAAGAAACCCCCUAUGAAUGGAUACCACAAAUUUCACGAAGAUAUGUGGUCAAGUCUGGAGCUGAGCCAUCUACCCUGCAGGGAGCGCUGGGUUGAGAUUAGCAGAAGAUGGCACAAAGUCCCAAAGAGCCAGAAAGAGCACUAUGACAGCCAGGCCGAGGAGCUACAGAAACAAUACCGGGUGGACAUGGACCUCUGGCUCAAGGGAUUGUCAUCUGAGGAGUACACCGCCUACAGAGAGGCAAAGGCCACCUACGGUAAGCGAAAGAACUUUGCCAUGUCUGGAGGCAGAAGCCCCAAGUGUGGACAGACAGAUCAGCAGUCUGCUUCAGCUGAGGAGCAGCAAAAAAGGCCUGGGGAAAUGCAAGGGCUGCUGGCUCCUGGAACAGAUUCCUCAGAGACUGUUCAGGGCGCUGAUGGUGGCUCCCAGGUAUCCAGGCAGAAUAUGAUGGAAGAUGGAGAAGAGGAAGACUCUAGCAGCUCCUCGGAUGACUCUAGCAGCUCCUUGGACGACUCGAGCAGCUCCUCAGAGGACUCCAGCAGCUCCUCGGAGGACUCUAGCAGUACAGAUGAACAUGAAGAAGAAGAUGGCCCUACCGUGGAGGCGCAAGUCUCUGAUCCCAGCACUCGGGAGGAUCCAUGGUCCCAAGGAGACAUUCUGAAGUUACUGGAAUGCAUCAAGAAAAAUAUCCCCUCAGAUGACUCCAGAUCAUUCAAAAAAACCCAGGAAGACCUAGACUGGGGCAAAGUGGCUUUUAAACAUUUUUCAGGAAAAAUGUGCAAACAAAAGUGGAAGCAACUUUCUCAUACUUUGAGGAAGGUCCGCACACUGUCAGAAUUAGUGCUAGAAGCCAGUGAACAUCUGAAACAACAGCCCAAAAGGAAGAAACAUCCUGAUUUCCCCAAAAGACCCCUGACUGCCUAUCUGCGCUUCUACAAGGAGCAGCGGGCUAAGUACUCUCAGCGCUAUCCUAAAUACAACAACUCGCAGCUGGCCAAACUCCUGGCUGAGAAAUACAAUCAGCUGCCAGGGGAGAUCAAGGAGAAAUAUAUUCAGGACUUCCGGAAGGAGAAACGGGACUUUGAGGAAAAAGUGACUAAAUUCAAGAGAAGCCAUCCUGAUAAGAAAUCUGUGGUGCACAGGAGUCAGAAAACCAAAGUCCCUAAGAAUUCACAAAGAGGUAUGGAAAACGUGAAGUCGCCUCCAAAGACAGAUCUUCCCAAAACAUUACCCUCGGUGAUGAAAUUUCAGGGAGAACCCAAGAAACCCCCUAUGAAUGGAUACCACAAAUUUCACGAAGAUAUGUGGUCAAGUCUGGAGCUGAGCCAUCUACCCUGCAGGGAGCGCUGGGUUGAGAUUAGCAGAAGAUGGCACAAAGUCCCAAAGAGCCAGAAAGAGCACUAUGACAGCCAGGCCGAGGAGCUACAGAAACAAUACCGGGUGGACAUGGACCUCUGGCUCAAGGGAUUGUCAUCUGAGGAGUACACCGCCUACAGAGAGGCAAAGGCCACCUACGGUAAGCGAAAGAACUUUGCCAUGUCUGGAAACAGAAGCCCCAAGUGUGGACGGAUAGAUCAGCAGUCUGCUUCAGCUGAGGAGCAGCAAAAAAGACCUGGGGAAAUGCAAGGGCUGCUGGCUCCUGGAACAGAUUCCUCAGAGACUGUUCAGGGCGCUGAUGGUGGCUCCCAGGUAUCCAGGCAGAAUAUGAUGGAAGAUGGAGAAGAGGAAGACUCUAGCAGCUCCUCGGAUGACUCUAGCAGCUCCUUGGACGACUCGAGCAGCUCCUCAGAGGACUCCAGCAGCUCCUCGGAGGACUCUAGCAGUACAGAUGAACAUGAAGAUGAAGAUGGCCCUACGGUGGAGGCGCAAGUCUCUGAUCCCAGCACUCGGGAGCUUCUAAAGAUGUUGGAUCAGAUGCAACAAUAUUAA